CGCCCCCUUGAGCAUUCUUUCUAUGUGUGAGCUGCUUUCCUUUCCUCUUUCGUCAUCUUCACAUUCACAAAACUGCCAACUGUGAAUCCAAUCGAUAGAUUUUCGCACCUAUCCGUAUACAUUUCUACGGCGCCGUACGCAUAUACACACAUACGGUAUACAUCUACUUGCAUGCGAUGAUCCACUAGCCAUCGAAUUCUGAAACAAUCGUGCUGUUUUCUAUGGGGACGUGUUUCUCCCGCGGCGACAGAUCGCCGCCGAAGAGGAGAGGCUCCAGGCGAGUCGCGAACCCCGCGGCGGACGGAGGAGGAGGCGCGGGGAGCAAUCGGUGGGCGAGGAUGCGCUCGUCGAGGAAGGAGGAGACCUUGAUUCACGAGCGGGCGCUCGCGGCGGCGAUUCUGUUCCAGCAGCAGCUGCAGAACGGCGACGGCACGGCGGCGUUCGAUCGGUCGGCGUCGCUGAGGUAUCCGAACGGGCACUCGAAGAGGAAUCAGGCCUUGCCUCGGAGCUCGAGCUCCAGAGCGCGGUCGCUCACUGACCCCCUGCUUCAACCUCAUCAGCUAAUUAAUCAGGAUAUCAAGCUUGACGACCUAGAGACUAACCAUUUUGUACUUGUUCAUGGAGGUGGUUUUGGUGCCUGGUGCUGGUAUAAAACUAUUGCUCUAUUGGAAGAAAGUGGAUACAAAGUCACAGCAGUAGAUUUGACUGGGUCUGGUAUUCAUUCAUUUGAUUCAAACAAUAUUACAAGUCUUUCCCAAUAUGUGAAGCCACUGACCGAUUUUAUGGAAAAGCUCACUGAUGGUGAAAAGGUUAUUUUAGUUGGUCACGAUUUUGGGGGUGCAUGUAUAUCAUAUGCCAUGGAAGCGUUUCCUACUAAAAUUUCAAAAGCUAUUUUUCUUGCCGCAGCUAUGUUGACGAGUGGUCAGAGUGCCCUUGAUAUAUUUUCUGAUAAGGUCGAGUCAAAUGAGUUGAUGCGACAAGCUCAGGUUUUUCUGUAUGCCAAUGGGAGGGAUCAGCCUCCAACUGCUAUUGAUUUUGACAAAUCUAUCUUGAAAGACUUGCUAUUUAACCAGAGUCCCACCAAGGAUGUUGCAUUGGCAUCUGUCUCAAUGCGGCCGAUCCCCUUUUCCCCGGGUUUGGAGAAACUCUCCUUUUCAGAGACAAACCAUGGGUCUGUGAGAAGAUUUUACAUUGAAACACUGGAAGACAAUGCUAUCCCGAUUUCUGUACAGGAAAGCAUGGUAAACAAAAGUCCCCCGGAGCGCGUCUUCUGUCUUAAAGGUGCUGAUCACUCACCAUUUUUUUCCAAGCCUCAAGCGUUGCACAAGCAUUUAGUUGAAAUAUCUAGGAUUCCUUGAGCCGUACCUGUUUUGAGUAGCUCCUUCCUUGAUUCAAUUGCACUGGCAUCAUCAAAUAUUGUGGUAGACAGAUUAGGCGUCCUGAGUUUUAAAUGGCAUCAGUGAUGCUGUUGGAGAUAAUUUGGCUGUCAUUCUCAUUUUAACUGAUACUGAAUAUUUUAGUGAAGUAUUUUAUUUUCUUCUCGUUCUCAAAA